GAGCUGGCUGCCGCCCGCCGCCGCCUCCAUGCAUCCCGCCCUGUACACCCGGGCCAGCAUGAUACGCGAGAUCGCCGCGGCCGUGGGCUUCAUUUCCAAGUUCCUGCGGACCAAGGGGCUGAUGAACGAGCGGCAGCUGCAGACCUUCAGCCAGAGCCUGCAGGAGCUGCUGGCAGAACAUUAUAAACACCACUGGUUCCCAGAAAAGCCGUGCAAGGGAUCAGGUUACCGAUGUAUCCGGAUCAACCAUAAAAUGGAUCCUCUCAUUGGACAGGCAGCACAGCGGAUUGGAUUGAGCAGUCAGGAACUGUUCCAGCUUCUUCCAAGUGAACUCACUCUAUGGGUUGACCCGUACGAAGUGUCCUAUCGUAUUGGAGAGGAUGGCUCAAUCUGUGUGCUGUACGAAGCUGCACCAGCAGGAGGUAGCCAAAAUAACACCAACAUGCAAAUGGUAGACAGCAGAAUAAGCUGUAAGGAGGAACUUCUCUUGGGCAGAACUAGCCCUUCCAAAAGCUACAAUAUGAUGACUGUAUCAGGUUAAGAUAUAGUCUGUGGAUGGAUCACCUUAAAAUGGAUGGAUAAAUUUGGUUUUUACUUUGGGUGGGCACCUCUGGGGAUGGAUUAUGGAAUUUAAACCAUGUCACAGCUGUGAAGAUCUGGCACACGUUAGAGUGGUAUACUUUAAAGUGACAGUGCCAUAGUUUGGACAGUACCUUUCAGUGAUUUAAUAGCCUGUGAGUCAAAAUGAUUGCAACUUGCUAGGGAGUGAAGAAGAUCUAGGAAGGGUCAGUUUCUCCAAGACAUCUUACUUAAUUUCUACACCAAUUUUCAACCCCAAUCUGUAUUUAUAAAGUGAUGCUCUGCAGUAGGUCUUGCAGAGUAAAUUUGCACUAUUACAUUUAUUAAUUGUUAGCAUUUUUGGCAGCUCAGUAACAAGA